GAAGGUUAUAGAGAUGGAAUAGACGCUGGCAAAGCAGUUGCGCUUCAGCAGGGCUUCAAUCAAGGUUAUAAAGAAGGUGCAGAAGUCAUUAUCAACUACGGACAGCUCAGAGGAACAUUGAGUGCUUUGCUCUCCUGGUGUCACCUUCAUGGUAAUAGUUCAACUUUAAUCACUAAAAUAAAUCAUCUUCUGGAUGCAGUUGGCCAGUGUGAAGAGUAUGUGCUCAAACAUCUGAAAUCAAUCACUCCACAACCCCAUGUUGUAGAUUUAUUGGACUCCAUUGAGAAUAUGGACCUUUGUCAUGUAGUUCAAGCUGAUAAAAAGACCAAUGAAGCUGAAGAUGAAAGACUCUGUGAAAACAAUGCUGAAUAUAACAAAAACUGUAGCAAGAGUCCUGUUGGGCUAGAGUGUUCAUAUGUAGGAUGUGGCAGAACAGAGGAGCGUGCACAUGCCAAAAACCCAGGCCUCACCUGGAUUUUAGAACAGACAGCCAAUUUAGUUAAACAGCUAGGAGUGUCUGUAGACAUAUUACAACACCUCAAACAGCUGUAGAAGCUAUCUUUCUUUUUCUAAUGGUGUUCAGAAUGCUGCUUAGAGCAUACUUUCCUGACAAGGUGGCCAAAACCUAUACAAGUUUCUGUGUUGAAUACUUCUCCUGUAGCGUUAUUCUUUGUGGAAAUUUGAAUGUUUUCAAACUUAACACUAUUAAAUAUAAGCCCCUUUUCUCUGCCACGGCUAAUAUUUGUAUAGUAUAUUUUUAAGAUAUGCUCAGGAAUUCCAGUUGUUAUUAUUUUCAAGCUGCUGUCCAUAUCUGAUCAUUAGCAAAAGUGAACAAGGAUCCAACAUGCUUUAUAAUAACUCUACUUUCUCCUGCUGUCACCUCAGGUAGUCAUCCUGAUCUCCAGUUAAUCAGACCAGAAUUACCAAUGGCAGACAUGAAUAUAGGGAGAUAUACAGGCAUAGACAUGUAUCUAGAUAGGAAGAUACACAUUGAAAUUAAGAAAUUGCAUGUGUGAGAAACUGAAGCAAUGUUUAUAUUGUGAUUAAAUUAUUAAA